AUGGCUCAAGCGCUUUUGCUUUUAUGUUGUUAUCUAAUUCGGGACGAUUUCGGCCCAAUUAUUGAGGAAGUAGCCAAGGUAUUAUUACAAAAAGGUCGACUUCCAUUAGUAUCCAUAUCUAAAUUUUCAAAACAAAAUUUAUCCAAAACUCGCGAAUGUCUCUUCGUACUAAUUCAACACAAUCUGGUAUAUUGGGCUGAAACUAGAGAAGGAUCACGUAAUUCGAUUCAUUAUUCUAUUGAACAAAGUGAGAUUUUAGCGAGACUUAAUUUCGGAAUUUAUGUAAAAUAUGCGAAUGAAUGGGCUAGGCAUAGGGGGGCUGAUGAAAUAACUCAUUAUAUGCUGUUAACUGGUAAAGGAACGUUCACAGGAUUUAUCGAAGAUCGAAACAUAUCAAAGAGAACAAAUAAAUUCAAAGAGUUGAAAGAGACGUUUAAUAAAAUGGUUGUAAAACGUUAUCUUACACCAGUAAAAAUAACAGAUUCAAAGUCUGCUCAGGAUAAAGCAUCAGAGGCUGAACAACGCGAAUUAGCAAAAGUCACUAACUUUAUUCCUACAAAAAAACAAAUGGCUGAAGUGAAAGCUAAACUCGCAGCUGUAGCCGAUGAUGACAACGUUUCGACAGGAUCGAAACGUAAAAUUAAUUUCGAAAAUGUUGAAAAUAUUGAAAGACCAGCUAAGCAACAAAAAGGAGAAGAUUCAGUUGAUGAAAAUCAAUAUUUUCGCGUGAACUAUGAAAAAUUUAAUGCUAAAUCGAGAAAUAGGCAAAUUGUUGAGUUUGUAAAAACUCGUAUUAAUCAAUCAGCAAGUAUUAUAACAAAAGUUAUCCUUGACAUCGCAGACGAUGAGAAACCAAGCGAUAUCGAAUCACGCGCAAUAUCAGCACAAAGAAUUAUUAGGAGUGUCCCAGUCGAAAAGACUGAUUUAUUUAAUCAGCAGAUGCAAAGUGCGAGAAGAGGAGUAACUCGUGAAAUUUUAAUCAAACAAUAUUUAGAUUAUCUUAUGGAAAAUGAUGAUGCAAAUAUCUUACGAAAGAAAGAUGAAAAUACGGGUGGAAUGUAUACCUUUCGAUAUCAUGAAGUUUGUGAAUCAUUGAAAAAAGAAAUUUUUGAGGAUGUUAUUAUGGAAAAAUAUGGGUUUAAGGGAUUGAGAAUUGUUAGAAUAUUAAGUGAAAAGGGCAAAUUAGAUGAAAAGGCGAUUAUUAAUUUAGCUUUAAUGAAUCCUUUGGAAGUUCGCCAAAAGUUGACAGAACUAAUGAUUGGAGGCUUUUUACAAAUACAAGAAGUUCCAAGAUCAGCAGAUCGAGCACCCUCAAGAACAUUUUAUCUAUGGGAUGUAGAUUAUAAAAGGUGCUAUGAUGCAUUAUUGAAUUAUUAUUAUCGUACACUGGCUAAUAUACACCAAGUGAGAUUUGAUUAUGAAUCAGGUUCAUCAAGGCUCUUAGAAAAGAAGGAAAAAGAGGACGCAUUAAGACAAUUAAAUAGGAGUUCCAAUAUUCAAUUGUUGAAUGAAAUCGAAAGGAAGAAAUUACAGGAAUUGGAACAAAUAUUAACUCAAUUGGAUACUGUACAACUGAGAAUUAUACAAAAUGUUAUGUUGUUUAGAAAAUAUAAAUGA